CCCGGGUCGACGGGCCAGUGGGGCCGCGAGGACACCUGUCCCACCAUGUCCCUGCUCAGCGUCACAGUAAAAAAGGCGCGCUAUGUUGGAAUACCAGCGACACAAUUCAACACGUACGUGACACUCAAACUACAGAAUGUCAAGUCGACGACGGUGACAGUGAAGGGCCCGACUCCAUGCUGGGAGCAAGACUUCCUUUUUGAAAUCAACGACAUCAACUUGGGUCUUCUGGUGGAGGUGUGGAACAAAGGAGUGAUCUGGGACCGAGCUCUUGGCUACCACUACCUUCCGUUAACUUCAGUAGCUUAUGACGAGCAAGAAUGCGGAGGCAGAUGGGUGGAGCUGGAGGCCCAGCUGAUGAUGCGCGGCGGCGCUGUGGUCGGCACCACAGGGCCCACCGGCCAUGCUUUACUUCUGGACUGCAGAUUUGAACCACCGUUUGAUGCGGAAGGCACGGGUGGUGCAGACCUGCAGCGGAAGUUGGAUCUGCUGAACGGCGCCCUCGAUGCUGAAAGGGCUGAACAGGCGCGGCGGCAACUGCAGUACGUCGCUCAUUCGGGAUAUUCGGAGGACUCGGACUACACGUCGGACCUCAAUUUCCCGGUCGGCCAGCAUCCUAACUGCAGUGCCUCCCAGUUCAGAACCGCAGCCCAUCAGAUGCAUACACCACAGCUGGUAUCAGACCCGGAAUUCAUCGCAGGGCAAGAACCCUCAGUGGCGCAAGAAGUAGAAGCGUCGCCUCUCACUACGGAGCCCUCGGUAUAA